GACGAGUCGAGAGUCAAUCGAGAGCGUGCCUGAUUGUUAUUGAAAUGCUCGGGUAGGAGGCAUCGAAACGUUCGCUGGGAAUUGGAAAACAAUUGUUGUAAUGCAUCCAGAAGUUGCGCGGCCUGCCGUGGUUUCGUAUGACACUUCGACGAGUGUUGGAUAGACGUUGAAUAACGAAGCUGCCACGCUAGAGCAACAGCUUGAGGAGACCUAACCUAGCUAUGAGCAACAAGACCAACACAAACGGGGAGAUAGAUCCCGUGCAGGAGCAGCUGACUGGCCGUGUGCGGGAGGUCGGGAACUACGCGAUCUGGAGCCUGUCCAGCUGCAAGCCGGGCUUCGGCGUGGACCAGCUGCGCGACGACAUCACGGAAACGUACUGGCAGUCGGACGGGCAGCUGCCUCACCUGGUGAACAUACAGUUCAAGAGGAAGACGACCAUUCGUGACAUAUGCAUCUACACGGAUUACAAGCUGGACGAGAGCUACACUCCCAACAGGAUAAGCAUCAGAGCUGGGACCAACUUCAACGACCUGCAGGAGGUGGAGGUGAUGGACUUGAACGAGCCGAGCGGAUGGAUAGUGAUCCCCAUUAAGAACAUCAACGAUCGGCCCAUUAGGACAUUCAUGAUUCAGAUAGCGGUAAUCAGCAAUCAUCAAAACGGCAGGGACACCCACAUGAGGCAGAUCAAGAUCCACAGCCCAGCGCAGGAUAUUCUCGGCCCGCCGGCGCCUUACAUCCCGGGGCAAUUUCUCACGAAUGAAUUUUUACGCUACGCCACUAUUAGAUGAAGAUUUGUAAAUUAAACUUCCUGAGCAUAGACAUAUAUAUAGAUAUAUAUAAAAUAAAAUUUUAUUAUCAACAUUCAAUUCAACAUAUUCGUAAACGCUUCCAUUUUCAAUCUCUUUUAUUUCAUUGUUUUGCAAUCUACUUGUUUUUGUUAGGAAUAAAUUGAUCUAUUUCA